UCUGCAAAGCCACCGCCUGAUCCAGCCAAUGUCUCAUCAAAAUCUCCGCACAAUUCCGAUUAUGCGGCGACUUUUCCAACAAAACCGCCGUCAAACUUUGCACUAACUCGCUCUCGAGCGCCUCCAAACUCGCCAAACAGCUCCUGAUUUUCACCCCACCUGAAAACCGCAAUCACCACGAAUGCUAACCUCGUCACCACUUACCUGCGCAGUCGCUAGAAUACGAAACCGCAAACAACCCAAUCUGCAUAAUGCGGUCCACGUGCAGGUCCGCCACCAGGGAGUCCAACUCGUCCCCCACCCCCUUCUCCCCCUCGAAACAAAAGUCGCGUAUUUUUUCCAAGGGGGCCGUGAAUUGCGUCAAAGUUUUAAAGCACAGUUUGAGCACAGCCGUGUUGACUUUUUUUCGAGGUGACAGAGCUUGACGCUACGAGCUUUAGAUUUAAUCGCGACGUUAGAAAAUAGUGCGACUUGUAGGAUAAACGUUUCACAAAAACAGCUUAAGUUACUGGUGAGGUUAAUUCUGCAAAGGCUACUUAAGUCAACGACUAAUAGCGAAGUGCUUAAGCCUAUAUGCAACACUCUCGCUUUGUUGUGUGUCCGAGACCCCUUAAAACAGUUCGUCGUUUUAAAAAUUUUGCAAAAGAUGGACCAAGUGUUCGAGAAUUACGCCCUUCCUGUGUUACCCAUAGCCAACAGUCUGGGCUUCGACGCCAUCCAAAGCAUCGUUCUACCAAACCUAGCUCUGUUCUUAAGCAGAACCGAAAAAGGCGAGUUGCCUUUUAUUUAUUCCAUAUUGGAAUCAUACCACAUUCUCUGUCAAGAGAGCCUACUAAACUCGGCCAUCUACGACUCGUUUUGCGACUACUUCGGCGACGCGAUGGCCGUCUUCAACCAAGCCCCGAAAUGUGUGACGGUUUCGGAGAAAAGGGACGCGAAUUUCGCCCAUAUUAAGUGCGAUUUGUUGCGGACGAGGAGGCGGAUUUCGCCGAGGGAGAGAAGGCCCGGUUUGACAAUCGACGAGGUUUUUGAACUGCCGGCUGAAGAGUCCAAGGUUCGGAAGAAAAUGAACGAGUACAAGCGGGAUUGUGGUUAUAGUGAAAAUGGUGUCACCGUUGGGAAAACUUCUUUAUUACUGCUAGUAUUUAAACGAAAAUGUAAAACUUAUGAACAGUGUCAGGAUCAUACGUUGCUGUGGUACAAUUUGUAA